GAAGUUCAAAAAUAAAUCGCGUUCAGUCGGUGUCCAAGCGUUGCAAACAGCACUUGCAGCUAAAUUACAUAAUAAUUGCAUGCCCUUGUGCACGUAAUUUGCCGGCUCCAACGACCUUGUGCAUUUUCUGAAACAUACGGGAAACGCAAAAGUGCUACGAUAAUUACGAAUUAAUAACCAGCCAUUCCAUUGGUCCAAGCGGUAAACAAACUCAUAAUCUACAGCAUUCAGCCAAUUGCGAUCGAUCGCUUGGUACGAAAAUUAUUCUUCACGCAGUUGGGAAGUCACCUGCCAAUAUGAGGAGAACAAACUUCACAUCAGUUCAUCGCUUUCGCUCGACGGUGGGGGACUUUUUUUUCGGCACCCCAGAUAAAGAAAGGGCGGCCGACGGAGCCCUAAGGUGGAUGGCGACUCAACCGAAACAGGCGACUGGCGCCUAUAAACACUGCCUUUCAAUCGACACAUUGAACCCCAAUAUUAAGGUGUUGGAGUACGCGGUUAGGGGGCCCCUUGUAAUUAGGGCUGGAGAGAUCGAGAAGGAGCUGGAGAAGGGCGUGAGCAAGCCAUUCAAAGAGGUCAUCAAAGCCAACAUCGGAGAUUGUCAUGCUAUGGGCCAAGUCCCAAUCACGUUCAUCCGUGAAGUUUUGGCUCUGGUCACUAUGCCACAACUCUUAGAAGAUCCCAGAUUUCCCGCAGAUGCCAAGGAAAGAGCUCGAACGAUCUUAAAAGGUUGCAGGGGUGGUUCCGUAGGAUCAUACACGGACUCGCCUGGAAUCGAAGUUAUUCGAAAACAUUGCGCUGAGUACAUCGCACGAAGAGAUGGAAUUCCGUCAGAUUGGCAAAAUGUUAUCAUUAGUGCCGGCGCUAGUGAUGCAAUUAAAAAUGUCUUAAAACUGCUCAUAUGCGACGUCGGUUGCAAAACACCCGGAGUUAUGGUUCCCAUUCCGCAGUAUCCUCUUUAUUCUGCCUCUUUAGCCGAAUUCGGAAUCAAUCAGAUCAGCUAUUAUCUGGAUGAGGCUCGAAAUUGGGGAUUGGAUAUCGCAGAAUUGCAGAGAUCAAUCACCGAGGCUCGAAAAGUGUGCAACCCCAGAGCGAUCGUAGUCAUUAAUCCCGGAAACCCAACCGGUCAAGUAUUGUCGCGAAAGAACAUCGAGGAAGUAAUCAAGUUUGCCUACAAAGAGAAAUUGUUCAUUCUUGCGGACGAAGUUUACCAAGACAACGUUUACGCGGAGGGCUGCAAGUUUCACUCAUUCAAAAAGGUUCUGAUAGAAAUGGGCGAGCCCUACAGUUCCAUGGAGUUGGCCAGUUUUAUGUCUUGCUCCAAAGGAUACAUGGGAGAAUGUGGACUUAGAGGCGGAUAUGCAGAGGUGAUUAAUAUGUGCCCUCAAGUCAAAGCUAUGUACCUGAAAGCAAUUAGUGCCAUGUUAUGCCCUACAGUGCUGGGCCAAGUCACAUUAGACGCCAUCGUAAAUCCUCCACAAAAAGGAGAACCAAGCUACGAAUCGUUCACAAAAGAGAAACAAGCUGUUUUGGAUUCAUUAAAGGUGCGAGCAAAAAUGGUAGCAGAUACCUUCAAUUCGAUGGAAGGUUUCAGCUGUAACACCGUGCAAGGAGCAAUGUACGCUUUUCCUCAAAUCACGCUGCCAGCUAAGGCGAUAGAGGCAGCUAAGAAGGAAGGGAAACAACCAGAUGUAUUCUACGCGUUUGAAUUACUAGAAAAUACAGGAAUUUGUAUCGUGCCCGGGUCAGGAUUCGGCCAAAAACAGGGCACAUACCAUUUCAGAACCACCAUACUACCCCAGCCCGAUAAACUGAAAAGUAUGUUGGAAAAAUUUGCCGAGUUUCAUUCCCAGUUUAUCAAAAAGUAUUCGUAAAUGCCAUAUUGAAACAUACGCUAGUCCAUUUCUAGGAAUAUUACGUUACGUUCACAUGUGAUUUGAGCGCAAUUCGCAAAAGUUAUGACAAAAUUGUAAAUAAUGACACGAUGAUCUAGUCAACAUGCACAUCGGUUAAAAGUUGACGAUAUUUAUUAAAAAACUCAUUUUAUUGAACGGUACAAAUGUAAGUUCUAUAUUUGAAUGUCGAAUAAGUCUUAAACUGUGUAAUGAAAAAAUGUUUUCUUACACAAAGUGUUUAGCACCUUUGUUACUGAUUAGUUAAUGCGAUAAGUGAAUGUAAUUUUUCAUGUGAAAAAUGUACAUUUAUAUUAAAGGUCCUGACAUUCUCUCUAUAUUGGAAACAGUUGUGGCACAUUGUUUAAAAUGCAUGCUACUAAAUUAAUAAAUAUAAUGUAAUAAACAUGUUACGAUAGGGUAGGCUCAAAGCUCACACGUUCUGAGAGUUGUUAACUCCUUAAUGCCAUGUAUAAUGUUUAAAUAAAGAGCGCUAAAAACUUA